AUGAGUGCUACUUAUGCGGAUGAAUUAGCAAAAUAUAACAAUUCAGAAGCCUCUUUAGUUACAAACACACCUAAUAUGGAUUCAUUUUCACCGAAUUCUUCACAACUGAGUUUUUUAGAUGAUGAGGAGGAGAAUACACUGGCUCAUGAUCAACUUCUAACAUUGACCUCGGUUAAUAAUAAGGUGGAACUGGUUACAGUUCCGCCACAGUUGACGACCUCAGUGGGGGAUAGAAUAGAGAUAAUUCCUCCCCCUACAUCAGUAAACACUAAUAGUACGACUUCAACUUCCUUUCAUACACGGACUGGUGGUAUUACUGAUGAAACAGUCAGAAAUAACGGUAAUAGUGUAACUACAACUACUACAGUUCAUAUAUCUCCGAUUAGUAUAUGUGCUCCUGUUCUCUCUUCACGUCGGUGGAUUGAUUCCGAGGUCCAAACGGACUUAACCUUUGAGACGUCAACCAUUGAACAAGAUGGCUCAGGCAAAAACAUUGAAGGUUUUAGAUUAUAUAAAGAAUGGUGGUUAACGAUGGACUGUAAAGCCCGAGUACAUAAUAAUAAACUAUGUAAACGAGAGAAUUGUGAAUUGAAUCAUCGGCAAGAGGGGUAUUGCCGGAUAUGCAACGGUAAAAGUCGACAUAUGGUUACUCAAACAGCGUUUGCGGCUGUCGAAGAAGAGGAGAACGUGAUAGGAAAAUAUUGUAACAAAUAUAGUCGAUAUUAUCGGUUUAGAAAUCACCUAGCACUAAAUGUAUACUAUCGUGAAAAUAAUCUUUUUCCUAAGUCACUCCAAAUCGAAGUACCAAAGCAAAAUUUUGGUGCUGAUGAUUCGAAACUUAAGCAACAAUGGUUAGAUAUUGUUAUAAACGCUAGUAAAGAUCUAUUCAAAUGCGAGGCACAAGCUAUCGAACGAACGAUUGCGCAAGCCGAAGCGAAAUGUGAAUUACUACUAGAUAAGUUGUGUGAAAUGACAAAGGAACGAGAAAUGAUGGAGGUGGAAAGAGAGGAAAGUGUAAAAUUGAAAGAAGAUAUUGAAAGCUCAUGGAACAAAGUAUUUUCUCUAGAAAUGCGAGAAAUAAGUGCUCGGAAAACAAGAAAUGAAUAUGAAUCAUCGGAUGAUGUGACAUCUUCGAUACAAAAUAUAUUGUGGCAUAACGACCUGUCUAAUACUCAAAACGUUUCUCUUCAUGCGAAACUAUAUCGUCCAAGAGUAUCUUGUUUUGGAUGUGGUAAGGUUCGUCACAUACAGUCGAGAUGUUUUGGGAUUUGCUCAUUUUGCAACGGACGAAAACACUCAGAGGAAUUUUGUAAGAAAAUUAAAAAGGUACUGAACCCAUGUUUAACAGACUCUUCGUGCGAUCCGAUGGUGGAUGAAUUGAAACGUAUAGUUCAUACGGAUGACUAG